UCCUCCACUCCGGCAGCGGACCGGGCCUCGCUUCCCAAGUCGCGGCCGUCACAUCGGCGCCUCUGCUCGGCUCCAGCUCGACGACAUGCAGUGGACGCGCCGCGCACGAGUGCCAGCGCCCAAAGAGGACUCGAGCGCCAGCAGACUUGAGCUCUCACCGGCCCCUCGCUCUACCAUGCCGCUUCUAUCCGCACCUCACCAUCACAUUGCGUUUUACUUAACAGCAGUGGUGCACGCACGGAGAAUGAAGGCGGAUCUCUACCACAUGGUAUAAGUCUUUUUUUUUUUUUUUUUUUUUUUCCUCUCCUUUUUUUUUUCAUUUGCGCGAUUGACAGACAUCAACGAAAGGCAGCAAGAGGCACCAAAAGGAAGCAGGGCGCCGAGAUGGGCUGCAUCAAGAGCAAAGAGGACAAAGGCCCCGCCAUCAAGUACGGCCCGGAGAACCCUUCGCUGUCCGACCCCAACGCCGCCCCCUCUGCCGCCCCGCCCCACAUGGGCCACUAUGGGCCUGAUCCCACCCAGCUCCAACCAAGUCUAGCACCAUCCGCCUCCUGCUGCUCCGGCGGCGCUAACUUUAACUCUGCCUUCACACCCUUCGGGGGAUCCUCAACCGCUAUGACCCCUUUCGGGGGGGCGUCCUCCUUCACCGGUCCCGUGUCCAACUCCUUCACUGGUUCUGUCCCAAGUGGCGUGACCUUCUUUGUGGCACUGUACGACUACGAGGCCAGAACGUCGGACGACCUGUCGUUCAAGAAAGGCGACCGCUUCCAGAUCAUCAACAAUACGGAAGGAGACUGGUGGGAAGCUCGCUCCAUCACCAGUGGGAAGAAAGGUUACAUCCCCAGCAACUACGUGGCGCCUGCAGACUCCAUACAGGCUGAAGAGUGGUACUUUGGGAAAAUGGGCCGUAAGGACGCGGAGAGAUUGCUGCUGAAUCCAGGGAAUCAUCGAGGGACGUUCCUGGCGCGAGAAAGUGAAACCACGAAAGGUGCUUUUUCUCUCUCCAUUCGCGACUGGGAUGAAGCCAGAGGCGACAACGUGAAGCACUACAAGAUCCGCAAGCUGGACAGCGGCGGGUACUACAUCACCACGCGAGCGCAGUUUGACACCUUGCAGAAACUCGUCAAACACUACAUGGAGCAUGCUGACGGCCUGUGCCACAAGCUCACCGCCGUUUGCCCCACGGUCAAACCUCAGACGCAGGGUCUCGCCAAGGACGCCUGGGAGAUACCCCGGGAGUCCCUCAGGCUGGAGCUCAAGCUGGGCCAGGGCUGCUUUGGAGAGGUCUGGAUGGGUACGUGGAACGGCACCACCAAAGUGGCCAUCAAGACGCUGAAGCCGGGCACCAUGUCGCCCGAGGCCUUUUUGCAGGAGGCUCAGAUCAUGAAGAAGCUGCGACACGACAAACUGGUGCCGCUGUACGCUGUGGUCUCAGAGGAGCCCAUCUACAUCGUCACCGAGUACAUGGCCAAAGGCAGCUUGCUCGACUUCCUCAAAGAAGGCGAUGGAAAGUUCCUGAAGCUUCCCCUGCUGGUGGACAUGGCUGCACAGAUCGCCGACGGCAUGGCGUUCAUUGAGAGGAUGAACUACAUCCACCGGGACCUGCGUGCUGCCAACAUCUUGGUUGGUGACAACCUGGUGUGCAAGAUCGCCGACUUUGGCCUGGCCAGGUUGAUAGAGGACAACGAGUACACGGCGAGGCAAGGAGCCAAAUUCCCCAUCAAGUGGACGGCACCGGAGGCGGCGCUGUACGGACGCUUCACCAUCAAGUCGGAUGUGUGGUCCUUCGGCAUCUUGAUCACAGAGCUCGUCACCAAAGGCAGAGUGCCCUACCCCGGCAUGGUGAACCGCGAGGUUCUGGAGCAGGUGGAGCGCGGCUACCGAAUGCCGUGCCCGCAGGGUUGCCCCGAGUCGCUGCACGACAUGAUGAAGCUGUGCUGGAAGAAGGAGGCGGACGAGCGGCCCACCUUCGAGUACAUCCAGUCCUUCCUGGAGGACUACUUCACCGCCACCGAGCCCCAGUACCAGCCUGGGGAGAACCUAUAGCGGACCACGGGGGGGUGGAGAAAAAAUGUUGACUGUUAAAAUGGGUGACGACUUGCAUCAUACACUCGCUAAUCUACACUGCUGGUCACAACAUUAGGUACACCUGCACAAUUCAAUAAAAUCCAACAGCUGUGACGAAGAUUCUGCCUUUACAAAGCUAACGUCGUAAAAAAAGAUUUACAAUGAUAACUAUCCAGGUGCAUCUCAAUAAAUUGGAAUUUCAGAGAAAUUUAUUUCAGUAGUUCAAUUCGAAAAGUGAAACUCAGGCACAUGACCUCCAGAGGCAGAAAAUAUGUAAAAUAGUUCAUUUUAACAACAAAGUAAUAAUUCAGUCUCACUUUAUUAUUUAACUGUCUUUCAUUUACCCAUUAUUUCACAAAAUGAAGUUGAUGAGGGGGAAAAAAAGUUUCAAUGUGUAUGUAAGAUACAAUAAUACUUAUUCUAUCUUUUAAUUGUAUUGUUUAUGUCUAAUAUAAUUAUAAUUAAUCAACCUAUUUUUUUAUUUUAAAAGAAAAUCUAUUUUAAUUGUUUGCAUUUAUUUAUUUUUUGUUUUAUUUCCAAUAAAUCAAUUAUUUAAUGAGUUAAAUUAAUAAAAACAAAUACAUUUAAGUGAAUUAACUUUAAAAUUAAUGCAACAAAUAUUAUAAGCCUCUUGAUGAUUUAAAUGUUUGAUGGCCUGGAUUACAGAAUUGAGAGGGCCGUAUGUGGGCCCCAAACCAUACUUUGCCCACCCAUGAUAUAUAUUAUAGAUUCAUUACGCACAGAGAAAUACUGAAUGAUUUUUGUUUUUUUACAAUAUUGGUAACUAUUACAAAAACCCCAACCUCGCCCUCCUAAGAAGUAUUUUCCUUUGUGAAAUGAAUCUGGAUAUUGUACGAGUUUCACUUUAUAAACUGAAAUUUUAGAUGUCAUUUAAAUGAAUUUAUCCACCCUACUCUAAUUUAUGCGGAUGCACCCGUAUUUAGUAAUAACGGUUGCGGCAUGAAACGUGGUAUCACCACACAGCCACCAAAUUGAGGAAAACUAACAAAGGUAAAUCCAAAUCCAAAUUAUUCGAUCGUACGGGUGUACGUACCCGAGUGUCCGUUGGUGUUUCUUUAUGCUGUGCGUAUGCUAGCCAGGAGAGAACCAAUGGCCGCAAAUUUGAAAUCUCGCCGGAUUUGCAGCGGUGUUUAACAAGGUAGCGCGGUAAAUUAUGCAUUGAAAGCAUUAAUUAUGAAUAAAGCUACAAUGGAGAGUCCCGCCGGGGAUCGACGGCCUUCUGUCAUAACACGUGAUCCAUAUCAGGUGGUUUUAAUACUAACCGUGCAUUCACGGCCUUUAAUAUCCAUAUGUUUCUGUCAUACAUGCUUAAAAUGGCGACUUUUACAUUGAUAUUUUUUUUAAUAUACUGUAUAUUCUGACAGGAGUGUGGACUAAACCUCUUGAAAAUGUGACUGAACCUUGAGCUACUUUAUGUAUGUACGUCAAGCAGCAUAGCAAUAUACAGUAACUUGUUUAUGUACCGAUUUCCCUGGUGGGAAUGACGUUAUUGAGCUUUGUAUAUGAUGGGAAACCUUUUACAUAGCUAUAUAUAGAUAUAGAUAGAUAGAUAGAUAUAGAUAGAUAAGCUAAUUGAUAAUGGAAAUUCGCCAUGGGGAUUUGUACAAUAAACGAAUGAGUCGGUCCUGGUUUGCUCCAUACUGCCACCUAUAUUCAGUUUUUAGAGUUAACACACACACACACACACACACACACACGGAUUACUGUAGGACUAAACACAAUAAAUAGGUAUUAAUUAACAGUGUUCAUCAUUCUGGAGGUAGCAUAAAAACAUUUUUUUGGGACACACAGCAAAAUAUUAGGGACGAAAGUGCUGUAACGGUUCAGCCAUGAUAUCGAUUUAUAUUCCUCCGAUCCACCUUGAUCGACGCCUGCUCGGCAAAUUAGCCUUCCGGGCGUAAAUAUAACGAUUUUAAUUGGUUUAAAAUGUAAUCGAAAUAACGUAUUGGAUUUAUGCACGACAAACUUUAUA